AUGGAAGUGGAACACAAUACAGGAUUAGAUAGACUUAAGUAAUAAGCAGAAGAUCAUAAAAAUAAAGGAAACGAUUAUUUUAAAAGAGCAUUAUAUUCAAAUGCUGCAGAGGAAUACGAAAAAGCUAUAGGUAUCAAUAAUUUUCCUAUUUUAGAACUUUGUCCAAAUGAACCAAAUUAUUAUGGUAAUAGGGCUGCUUGUUUCCUUCAAAUGAAAAAGUAAUUUUUUAUUAAUAAUCUAUUUAGGUACAACAAAUGUUUAAAGGACUGUGAAAAAGCUCUCAGUUUAGACCCCAAUAACCCUAAGUUUCUAAGAAGAAAGGCUUUGAGUUUGUAAUAUUUGGGAAUGUUAACAGAAGCCAAGCCUAUUUUUGGGCAAAUUGUUAAUUUAGAUAAUAGUGAGUAAUCCAUCAAGGAACAUAAACAAAUUAAUGAAUUAAUCUAUAAUGUGUAGUAAACACAUCAGAAAUUGGAUGCCAAAUAAUAUAAAGAAGCUUUAUAUUAUAUGGAAAAAGUUGCAAAGGAAAUUCCAGAUGCUGUCGACAUUCAAAUUCUGAAUUGUGAAUGUUUAGCCAGAACAGGCAAUGCUAAUUAAGCUUAGGAAUAGCUAAGACUUAUUUAGGAGAAGUGUGGACCAAGGGCUGAAACAUCUUAUUUAAAGGGUCUAAUAGAAUUAUAUGGAGGAAACCCAGAUAAGGCAAAACCUAUACUUUAAGAAGGAGUAAGACAAGAUUAGAAUAACAAAAAAUGUUUACUAGCUUUUCAAAUGGCUAAGGAUUCAGAUAAUUAUAAAUCCAAAGGAAAUGAUUGUUUAAAUUCAAAUAAAUUUAAUGAAGCUAUUGAUUAUUAUACCAAAGCGUUGGAAGUGGAUUCUAACAAUCUUAAAUUCAAUUCCAUAAUUUAUGCCAAUAGAGGAUUGGCUUAUUAGAAAUUGAAGGAUCAUAGAAAGGCAGUUAAUGACUUUGAUAAAUCAAUUGAAUUGAAUGACCGAUACUUCAAAGCCUAUUUGAGAAGAGGAGAUUCAAGAUAGGAGUUAGGAGAUUUGGAUGGUGCAUAAGGUGACUAUUAGAAGGUGAUGGAGUUAGAUUAAGGAUCAAUAUAAUAAAUGAGAUAGAAGAUCAAUGAGAUAACUAGAAAAUAGAAACAAUUAUCAAAGAAAGACUAUUAUAAAAUAUUAGAGGUUGACAAAAAUGCGUCAGAGGCAGAUAUCAAGAAAGCAUAUAGAAAAUUGGCUUUGCAAUGGCAUCCAGAUAAAAAUAAAGAAAGUGAAGAAUAAAAAGUAUACUAUUUUAUAAUAUUAUUAUAGAAAUUAGCUGAUAAGAAAUUCAGAGAAAUCGCUGAGGCCUAUAGUGUAUUGAGUGAUAAAUAAAAAAGAUAACAAUAUGAUAUGGGAGUAGAUCCAAAUGAUCCAAUGGGAGGAGCAGGAGGAUUUGAAACAAAUAUUGAUCCAUCCCAAAUAUUCAAGAUGUUCUUUGGUAGUGAAGGAGGAGCAGAUUUUGGUGACUUUGGUUUUGGAAAUAUGGCAGGAGGAGAAUUUCCAGGAGGAUUCAAAACUGUUUUUACAACUAAUUUAGGAGGAAUGGGUUAGAACAUGAGAGGAGGAUCAGGAUUUCCAUUUUAAUUUGGAGAUUUCUCAUAAUAAGGAGGAGCAGGAUUUUCUGGAUUUUCAUUUCCAGGGAUGCAAUUCACAUAAUAGCAACAAAGAAGAAAAUGA